AUGAUCAAGCCUCCCCAUCUCAUGACUUUGGCAGACCUCAACGUCAACCAGAUUCAAAAUGUUCUUACACACGCCCUCAGACUCAAGAACACAUCUACUGCCUAUCUAGCACCAGGCAGCCCUCGUCCUAUCAACUCUCGACUCGUGCGUGGGGUGCCCCCACAAUCCUUGUCGCACUCGAGCAUUGCAUUGCUAUUCUCCAAACGAAGUACUAGAACACGUGUAUCUGCAGAAACAGCUGCUGUAUUGCUCGGAGGGCGCGCGCUCUUCCUGGGUCGAGAAGACAUCCAGCUAGGAGUCAACGAGUCAGCUCGAGACACCGCCCGCGUUCUAGGAGGCAUGUGCCAAGGCAUCUUUGCUCGAGUUGGAGACCAUUCAGAGAUAGAGGAACUUGCCGAACACUCGCCUGUUCCAGUCAUCAACGCCCUCUCUUCUCUCUGGCAUCCUACACAAAUCCUAGCCGACCUGCUCACACUUCAUGAAGAGGCCUCAUUCCAAGUCGGCCAACCGAUAAAGGCUAAGACUGCUUUUGCCGUACUGCCAGAAAUCAAACCACUUACCAUCACAUACCUUGGAGACUCCACAAACGUACUCCACGACAUGCUGGUCACCUUUCCUCGUCUCGGUCACAAGAUGCAGGUAGCCACUCCCAACGACCCACAAUACCGCUGUCCAACACCGGUUUGGAACCGAGUCAAAGAACUCGGUUGCGAUAGUGGCAUCACUUGGGUAGAAGAUCCCCGAGAGGCUGUCAAGGAUGCCGACGUGGUGAUCACAGACACUUGGAUUUCUAUGGGCCAAGAAGCUGAAAAGGAACAGAGACUAAAGGCGUUCCAAGGAUACCAGGUUACAGAGCAGCUAUGUCGAGAAGGUGGUGCAAAGCCCGACUGGAAGUUCCUCCACUGUCUCCCCAGGAAGAAGGAUGAGGUUUUCUACGGCCCUCGCUCGCUCGUGUUCCCAGAAGCUGAUAACCGUAAAUGGACUAUCAUGGCCUUGUUCGACAUGCUCUUUGGCCACUGGCAGAUUUAUGAUCCCAAGGAUCCAGCUGCGUCCAAAGUCCCCGUCAAGCUCGCCAAAGUGACCAAAGUACUCGGCCGCACCGGAUCGCGAGGAGGUGUGACCCAAGUCCGUGUCGAGUUCAUGGAUGAUCCUCUCCGUUCCAUCAUCCGCAACGUCAAGGGCCCCGUCCGAAAGGAGGAUAUUCUCGCUUUGCUCGAGUCGGAACGUGAGGCACGGGUGUUCCACAACUUGGUCUCGACCAUGAAGGUAGUCAUUUGCGGCGCAGGUUUCAUUGGAAACUACGUCGCCCGUGCAUUUGCAGCAUCAAAUCCAGGCAUCCAAAUCGUUCUCGCAUCCAGACAGCCCAAGCGACACGUCGACGACCUACAAGAUGCACAUGCCCAUAUUUCGUCUGCAUCGGCAGACGUGACGAAUGCCUCGACGCUGCGUCCCGUCUUUCAAGACGCGCAUACCGUGGUCUCUCUUGUUGGCAUUCUCCAAGGAUCACCUGCAAAAUUUGAAGCGGUUCAGUGGAAGGGUGCGCAGAAUGUCGCUCAGUGCGCCCAAGAGGUUGGGGCAAAGCUCGUCCAUCUCAGCGCCAUUGGAGCAAAUCCAGAUAGUGAGCUUGUAUCUCCGCGUACAAAAGGGCUUGGAGAGAAGGCCGUCCUCGAGGCGGCACCUACUGCAACCGUUAUUCGUCCGUCCCUAGUCUUUGGACCAGGUGAUUCAUUCUUUACGAGGUUCGCCACUCUUGCCCGCUUUUUCCCGGUCAUGCCUGUGAUUGGGAGUGGAAUGUCCAAGUUUCAGCCCGUCUACGUUGGCGACCUCGCGAAGUUGAUAGAAGUUUGUUCUCGUAGCAAGGGCGAUGCAUCUAUAGCCAAAAAGGUAGACGGCAAGAUCCUGGAAGCUGGAGGUCCAGAAGUUUUCACCUUUAGGGAAAUACUGCAACUCGUGUUCAAGUACAGUGGACGGUGGCGUCCCAUGGUUCCCAUUCCUUUGUGGGCAGGUUACAUGCAAGGGGCUCUCCUUGAGAAGCUUCCUGAGAGCAUCCUGACAAUUUCAAGAGAUCAAGUCGCUCAAUUACAACUCGACAAUGUAGUGGCUGAUGCACAAAAAGACAUUGUCCCAAAACUCCUCGAGUCGCAAACAGGAGAAUCAAUGAAGUCUGUUCACGAUAUUCUUCCAACCUAUCUCUCCUCGUAG